GUGGUGAUGGAGGAGGGUGGCUACGAGGCCAUCUGCAAGGACCGGCGCUGGGCUCGGGUGGCACAGAGGCUCUCCUACCCAUCAGGGAAGAACAUCGGGUCCCUGCUCCGCGCCCACUACGAGCGAAUCAUUUACCCCUAUGAGAUGUACCAGUCGGGGGCCAACCUGGUGCAGUGCACCGCUCGCCCCUUCGACAGCGAAGAGAAGGACAGGGAGUACAAACCCCACAGCAUCCCUCUGCGGCAGUCUGUGCAGCCCUCCAAGUUCAACACCUAUGGACGGCGGGCCAAGCGUCUGCAGCAGGAGCCCGAACCCACAGAGGAGGACAUCGAGAAAAACCCAGAGCUGAAAAAACUUCAGAUCUACGGCGCCGGCCCCAAAAUGUUGGGGUUGGGAUUGGUGGCCAAAGACAAAACCCUACGGAAAAAAGACAAAGAGGGGCCCGAGUGCCCCCCGACCGUGGUGGUGAAGGAGGAACCAUUGGGUGUGGGGGCUGAGGGCAAAACGGAGCCGCUGUCAGCGCGAGUUUAUCCUGAGAGCAAAGAGGAGCUGAGGCACAGCCCAGAGCCCUGCACCAAAAUGACCAUGCGCCUGCGUCGCAGCCACAGCAACAGCCAGUUUGUGGAGUCCUACGUGUGCCGGAUCUGCUCGCGGGGCGACGAGGACGACAAACUGCUGCUGUGUGAUGGCUGCGACGAUAAUUAUCACAUCUUCUGCCUCCUGCCCCCCCUGCCCGAGAUCCCCAAAGGCAUCUGGCGCUGCCCCAAAUGCGUCAUGGCGGAGUGCAAGCGGCCUCCGGAGGCUUUUGGCUUCGAGCAGGCGACGCGGGAGUACACCCUGCAGAGCUUCGGGGAGAUGGCCGACUCCUUCAAGGCCGACUACUUCAACAUGCCCGUCCACAUGGUGCCCACAGAGCUGGUGGAGAAGGAGUUCUGGCGGUUGGUGAAUAGCAUCGAGGAGGACGUGACGGUGGAGUAUGGCGCCGACAUCCACUCCAAGGAGUUCGGCAGCGGGUUCCCCAUCAGCGAUGGCAAGAGGAAGCUGUCGCCCGAGGAGGAGGAGUAUGCUGGCAGCGGGUGGAACCUGAACGUGAUGCCGGUGCUGAAGCAGUCGGUGCUGUGCCACAUCAAUGCCGACAUCUCGGGCAUGAAGGUGCCGUGGCUCUACGUGGGGAUGGUCUUCUCUGCCUUCUGCUGGCACAUCGAGGACCACUGGAGCUACUCCAUCAACUACCUCCACUGGGGUGAACCCAAGACGUGGUACGGUGUGCCGUCCUUCGCCGCCGAGCACCUGGAGGAGGUGAUGAAGAAGCUGACGCCGGAGCUGUUUGAGAGCCAACCCGACCUCCUGCACCAACUCGUCACCCUCAUGAACCCCAACACCCUCAUGGCCCACGGUGUCCCUGUGGUUCGGACCAACCAAUGUGCCGGGGAGUUUGUCAUCACCUUCCCUCGCGCGUAUCACAGCGGAUUCAACCAGGGCUACAACUUCGCCGAGGCUGUCAACUUCUGCACCGCCGACUGGCUCCCCGCUGGCCGUCAGUGCAUCGAGCAUUACCGCCGCCUGCGCCGCUACUGCGUGUUCUCUCACGAGGAGCUCAUCUGCAAGAUGGCCGCCUGCCCCGAGAAGCUGGACCUCAACCUGGCAGCAGCCGUGCACAAGGAGAUGUUCGUGCUGGUCCAGGAGGAGCGCAAGCUCCGCAAGGCGCUGCUGGAGAAGGGCAUCACGGAGGCGGAACGCGAGGCCUUCGAGCUGCUGCCCGACGACGAGCGGCAGUGCGACAAAUGCAAGACCACGUGCUUCCUGUCAGCCCUGGCCUGCUACGACUGCCCGCAGUGCCUCGUCUGCCUCUACCACAUGGACGACCUCUGCAAGUGCCCUCGCAGCAAGCAGUACCUCCGGUACCGCUACACGCUGGACGAGCUGCCGGCCAUGCUGCACAAGCUGAAGGUUCGCGCCGAGUCCUUCGACACGUGGGCCAACAAAGUGCGCAUCGCCCUGGAGCUGGAGGACGGCCGCAAGCGCACGUUGGAGGAGCUGCGGGCACUGGAGUCAGAGGCGCGCGAGCGGAAAUUCCCGGAGAACGAGCUGCUGCACCGCCUCAAGGGCUGCCUGGCGCAGGCGGAGCGCUGCGUCUCCGAGGCGCUGGGGCUCAUCAGCUCCCAGGAGACCGGGUGG